GGCGUCGGCGUAGGUGACUCGACUGCCUCCCCGACCUCCGCACUCCUCCUCUCUGUGCUCCAGGAGUCAACCGGCCGCAUCGCUACAAUUCUCUUUGCGCACCGUCUCGGCACGGCUCUUGAGCCAGAGUGUAAGAUGUUUCGCCUGGCCGCCGACGUUUUCAACGAUACAGCAAUGGUGCUCGAUUGCUUGUCGCCCGCUUUUCACAAACCAAUCCGUGUGGCGGUGUUGAGCUUUUCGAGUUGCUUGAGGGCACUGUGUGGAGUCUGUGCGGGCAGUGCAAAGGCAAGCUUGAGCGCACACUUUGCGAGCAAGGGCAAUCUGGGGGAGGUCAAUGCUAAAGACUCAAGCCAAGAGACGGUCAUAUCUCUACUGGGUAUGCUCGCAGGCAGCCUUGUGGUAUCGCAUAUAACCUCGCCUUUCGCGACGUGGACCACACUCCUCUUCCUCCUGGCUGUACACCUAGCCACCAACUAUGCCGCGGUGAAAGCCGUCCGUAUGCGGUCUCUUAACAGACAACGAGCCAAUAUCCUCUUCAGCAGCAUACUUCAACACGGUGUCGUCCUGAGCCCAAACGAGGUUUCCAAACGCGAAAGGAUCUUCCACAGAGGUGACGUACUGCGCUGGUCGGACGACGAAAUGCUCGGGCAUUGUAAGAUUGGCGUAUCUCUCCAGGAAAUGCUAGGCCGAAUGGGCGAGCAAAAUACGCAGACUGGCUCACUUGCGCUUCACGCUAUUCAAAUCUCCGAACUGCUUACCGUCUUCACCAGCGAGGCAUACAUAGCAUGUCCCGCCGCAUCCGCAGUCGACAUCUCAAUCGUACUGAAGGCAGGGUGUGGACCGAAUGAUCAGCUCAAAGCAUGGGCGCACGCACUGUUGCUUGCGAAGAGAGCCCGAGAUGGCAAAGGUCACUCGGGUAACAAGCCCAAUACAGCAUCAGCCCCGCCCAAGGAUCGCCUGAUUGCUGAGCUGAGGCAGACGUUGGAGGACGUCCGGGUGAUGUUUGACAAGUACGGGAACGAGAUGAUGGGGAAGGGAUGGGAUCUAGAUGUAGCUGCGAUGGAGACAAGGGCCGGGACACGGUUGCAGAUUGGGGUCCAACAGGUCGGAUGA